CAAACAGACAAUAAUGAUCCAGGUGUAAUCAUAUUACAACACACUGUACAUGUGGAACUUGUUGGUGUUUUAUUGUCUAUUUAAAGCUGUUUAAACACAAUACAAGAAGAUGAUUCCUGCUCAUGAGUCUACGUGACUUCUUGUGUGUCUUCUUGUGUAUAACCCAGGACCAAGCUGCUUUGAGAAAGUACCUGGACAGGGAGAACGCUCUAGAACUCCCUCCAGACGAGGAAGUGUGGGAGGUCCCGGCACCCAAGCAAGUGGAAGUCAAAAAAGAGAGCAAUGUGCCUGUGGUCUGUCCAUUCGGAGCUGUACAGGAGGAGGAAGUGAAGACAGAUCAGAAUAAAGACAACAGGCUUGUGUGCUGGCCACCCAAAGCCUCUCUCAAUAAAACAGGUGGAGGCAGUUCAGGCAGCCAGGCUGUUGAGGAUGUGAUGAAGAUGUGGCCUCCUCCUGCUGCUCCUUCACUGGCUCCUAUGAUGGCGACAGGUCAUUCAGGUUCUGGAAUGGAGAGGAGCUCUUCCAACAUGAACGUCCAUCAACGAACUGGAAUACCUCCAGUGCACGUAGAUCUAGGACCUCAACACGUACAGGGUCCCACGACAAGUGAAAGCACCUCACGCACAACAGAUAGGCCUGGUCGCACAGAGAUGAAGGAAGAGCCCACUGUGCAGGACAUCAAGGUUCAUCCUCAACCUGUGAAGUCAAACGCAGAUGAACCGGAAGGAACUCCCCACCACCACAAAACCAAACCAACACCUACAGCAGUCGAACAAGACACACCAGAGACACCCACACCACCAGGCCAUAAUACAACUCAAGUACCAGAGAUGGUCUCAAGCCAGUUCCAGGGAGGUGAAACCCUACAGCGACCACUUGUGUCUCUAGAUAAUGCGGUGUGGACCAAACCGAUGGCUCCAGAGGCCGUCCUAGAGGAUUUGGAACUGGACUGCACCCUGCCCCAAACUCUGGUGAUCUCCAAAGACUUUGACGAUACAGCCUGUAUUGGACAGUGGGGAGAGCAGUUGGUUUUCUCCUUCCUCACUCACUGGAAAGAGAACGGAGGUGAUUAUGGGCCCAUUGAAAUCACCUGGUUCAAUGAAAAAGGAGAGAGCGGCCAGCCUUGUGACUUCAAGCUUACUUUUGCAAUUAAAGGGCCAAGAACCAGCACCACUAGGGAGAUCUUUGUGGAGGUCAAGACAACAAUAAAGAGAGAGAGACACUUUAUUCACCUGUCUGCCAAUGAGCUGGAUUUUGCACUGAAGGAGAAAGAGAGGUAUCACAUAUAUAGAGUGUAUGGCGCUGGAGAUGCACAGAAUGUUCGUCUGUGUCGUAUUAAAAACCUCGCCCAGCAUCUGCAUUCUAAGGCAUUAGAACUGUUCUUAUUUGUGUAGCCUGUAUUUCAUAGAUUACUUUACACUGAUUAUUAUUCCCGCAGAAUGUUAAAUGUUAAGUGUUUCAUAGGUGUUUUUAACUCUUAAUAUCUUUACUGAUAUAAUAUUGCACAUUUUUGGCCAGUUUCUCUUCACUUGUUUGGUCAACAGACUAAGUCUGUUCUGUUUUUACUACUAAUUGUUAUGGGAAUUUUACCUUUCCUUUUUGAAUUGCUAUUUACUAGUUCAUUAAAUAGAUAAAGACUUUUAGAAGCG